UUUACCUUGGCUGAGAUGCAAUUAAAGGUGUGAAUUAAUAUAAUUUUAACGUCUCUUCGUGUUAUAUUGGGGACUUUUAAUAUAUGUCACCGGUGUCGUUCAACCGCGGGAAUAAUUAUCAACAGCUUCUACACGUGCUUCUAAUUAAGACGAAUCUAAUUAUAUCAGAUGUAGUAAUACCUCGUGUUCAGGUGAACGUUGAUCUCUAUGAAUAACACGAAGCGACUUACAUGAUUUGUGAUUUAAUAUUUCUCUUGAUCACAGCUUUAGUUGGUUGAUCCCUAUUUUACAGGAAAGGGGGCAAAAAACUUUGAAUCGAGGAACUUUGCUCGCCCUUCUUCAUAUUUCAUUUGUACCUUAGAUCGAAAGCACGAAUUGUUUGUAUGCCCCUUUGUAGCAAAUAUUGUGCGCAUUUCUACUAUCCAUGGUGGGAAAAACAAACUGGAUUUCAAGAAAGGAUCCUGGUCAGAUCAACAAGUAUUCUAAUGAUUUACGGAUGACAAUGGCAUCAAAGAAAUUUUCUUUUAUAAUGAAUACAUCUUCAACAUUUUUCAUCUUUUAAAGUCUUGAGGAAAAGUUUACACAGAACGCAUCUAAGCCUAUUUCUAUAAAUCUUUGGUAGAAAUUCUAUGAAAUGUUUGUUCAGAACUGAGAUUAAUAGCAACAUUUUUCUAUUUCAUUAGCUGAUGCUUUGCAUUCUCGUUACUCUUUGAUGACUUUCUAAAUUUAUAGCAUCUUUAGAUAUCAGUGAAGUUUGCAGUGGAAAUAUUUGUAAGGAAUAAACUAUAAAAAGAAGGAUAAAGAUAGGAGUAAAAGUUUAACGUGGUGAGAAAGACCAAGGAUUGGGUCUAUUUUGAUUCCUCAAAGAAAUGCUGACAAAUAUGCAAAAAUCAUUGUAUCAUUAUGAUAUCUGUGGUAAAUCAACCACUAGAAAUGAUUUCUUAGAUAGACACAAGCGUACUCACACAGGAGAAAAACCGUUCCAGUGUGAUAUCUGUGGUAAAUCAUUCUCUCAAAAUUGUGUGUUAACUACUCACAAACGUAUUCAUACAGGAGAGAAGCCAUUUCGCUGUGAUAUUUGUGGUAAAUCAUUCUCUCACAGAAGUGCCUUAAUUGUACACAAACGUGUUCAUACAGGAGAGAAGCCAUUUCACUGUGAUACGUGUGGCAAAUCAUUCUCUAGCAGCAAUUACCUAACUAGCCACAGACAUAUUCAUACAGGAGAGAAGCCAUUUCACUGUGAUACGUGUGGCAAAUCAUUCUCUAGCAGCAAUUACCUAACUAGCCACAGACAUAUUCAUACAGGAGAGAAGCCAUUUCGCUGUGAUAUUUGUGGUAAAUCAUUCUCUCAAAGUAGUCCCUUAACUGCACACAAACGUGUUCAUACAGGAGAGAAGCCAUUUCACUGUGAUACGUGUGGCAAAUCAUUCUCUAGCAGCAAUUACCUAACUAGCCACAGACAUAUUCAUACAGGAGAGAAGCCAUUUCGCUGUAAUAUCUGUGGUAAAUCAUUCUCUCAAAGUAGUCCCUUAACUGCACACAAACGUGUUCAUACAGGAGAGAAGCCAUUUCACUGUGAUACGUGUGGCAAAUCAUUCUCUAGCAGCAAUUACCUAACUAGCCACAGACAUAUUCAUACAGGAGAGAAGCCAUUUCACUGUGAUACGUGUGGCAAAUCAUUCUCUAGCAGCAAUUACCUAACUAGCCACAGACAUAUUCAUACAGGAGAGAAGCCAUUUCGCUGUGAUAUUUGUGGUAAAUCAUUCUCUCAAAGUAGUCCCUUAACUGCACACAAACGUGUUCAUACAGGAGAGAAGCCAUUUCACUGUGAUACGUGUGGCAAAUCAUUCUCUAGCAGCAAUUACCUAACUAGCCACAGACAUAUUCAUACAGGAGAGAAGCCAUUUCACUGUGAUACGUGUGGCAAAUCAUUCUCUAGCAGCAAUUACCUAACUAGCCACAGACAUAUUCAUACAGGAGAGAAGCCAUUUCACUGUGAUACGUGUGGCAAAUCAUUCUCUAGCAGCAAUUACCUAACUAGCCACAGACAUAUUCAUACAGGAGAGAAGCCAUUUCGCUGUGAUAUUUGUGGUAAAUCAUUCUCUCAAAGUAGUCCCUUAACUGCACACAAACGUGUUCAUACAGGAGAGAAGCCAUUUCACUGUGAUACGUGUGGCAAAUCAUUCUCUAGCAGCAAUUACCUAACUAGCCACAGACAUAUUCAUACAGGAGAGAAGCCAUUUCGCUGUAAUAUCUGUGGUAAAUCAUUCUCUCAAAGUAGUCCCUUAACUGCACACAAACGUGUUCAUACAGGAGAGAAGCCAUUUCACUGUGAUACGUGUGGCAAAUCAUUCUCUAGCAGCAAUUACCUAACUAGCCACAGACAUAUUCAUACAGGAGAGAAGCCAUUUCGCUGUGAUACGUGUGGCAAAUCAUUCUCUAGCAGCAAUUACCUAACUAGCCACAGACAUAUUCAUACAGGAGAGAAGCCAUUUCACUGUGAUACGUGUGGCAAAUCAUUCUCUAGCAGCAAUUACCUAACUAGCCACAGACAUAUUCAUACAGGAGAGAAGCCAUUUCGCUGUGAUAUUUGUGGUAAAUCAUUCUCUCAAAGUAGUCCCUUAACUGCACACAAACGUGUUCAUACAGGAGAGAAGCCAUUUCACUGUGAUACGUGUGGCAAAUCAUUCUCUAGCAGCAAUUACCUAACUAGCCACAGACAUAUUCAUACAGGAGAGAAGCCAUUUCGCUGUGAUAUUUGUGGUAAAUCAUUCUCUCAAAGUAGUCCCUUAACUGCACACAAACGUGUUCAUACAGGAGAGAAGCCAUUUCACUGUGAUACGUGUGGCAAAUCAUUCUCUAGCAGCAAUUACCUAACUAGCCACAGACAUAUUCAUACAGGAGAGAAGCCAUUUCGCUGUGAUAUUUGUGGUAAAUCAUUCUCUCAAAGUAGUCACUUAACUGCACACAAACGUGUUCAUACAGGAGAGAAGCCAUUUCACUGUGAUAUUUGUGGUAAAUCCUUCAUACAAAGCAAUGACUUAACUAAACACAAACGUGUUCAUACAGGAGAGAAGCAAUUUUGCUGUGAUAUUUGUGGUAAAUCCUUCAUACAAAGCAAUGACUUAACUAAACACAAACCUUGCUUCUUAUUCCUCUGUGUCAAUUUGCUUCUGAUGAAGCAAUUAGAUGAACAAAGCUGCUAUCCCCACUUUUUUCAUGCAGGUGAAAUUUCUGAGGCUUCCUCCUCACCUCACCCCGUUUUACAGUCCCCAAAAAGCAUUGUAGCAUAUUACGAGGUCACAGAACUUCAUCCAACGAAAAAAGACAAAAAUAUCCAAUGA